AUGACUACUAAUAAUACUGGCGCGGGUUCCUCGCGGGAAUUAGCAAGAACGCAAGAGAUCGCUAUUCCAAAUUCCUUUACAAUAGAAAAUUUUAGUCCGGAAGUGACAACGUGGCGGCGUUGGUUACAACGGCUACAAGGAGCCUUUACGAUUUUCCGGAUCACGGGAAACGAUUACGAAUCAUUGACGGCCAAGUUGGAAGAAUUCUAUGAUCCGGCUCCGUUAGAAAUAGCGGAAAAUUUUAAAUUUCACCAACGGCGACAAAUUGAGGGCGAACAAGUACAACAAUUUGCGGCUGCCCUACACAAGUUAAGUUUACAUUGUAAAUUUGGGAGUUAUUUGAAGACAGCCCUAAGGAACCAAUUGGUUUUUGGUCUCUCAAGUAAGAAGAUUCAAACGAGACUUCUUGAGAAGAAGGAGUUAACGUACGAGGAAGCGGUACAGAUAGCCACCACGAUGGAGCUUUCGGAGCAGGGAGCAACAUCUUUACAAAAUGGCGCUACAAGUCCAACGGCAGAUAAAGAACCGUUAUUAGGUAGGGAAUGGAUAAGGCAGUUGAAAGGUCAGCGUGGAGUGCCAGAGUUCCUCGAGUGCAAGUUAUUAGAAAAUAUUAAUUCUACGCCGCGGAAUUUUCAUAAGCGAUUACAAUUAACUUUACGUAAAUUUGAGGAAAUACAUAAUGAAUUAGAUGAAUUAGUUAAAGCGGGAAUUUUUACAAAGACGGAAAACUCGGAAUGGGCUACACCUAUUGUUCCGGUGUUGAAAGCGAAUGGCACUAUUAGAAUAUGUGGAGAUUACAAAUCCACAAUAAAUCCUAAACUUAUAAUUGAUGAACACCCGUUACCAACUACAAACGAACUUUUUGCUAAGUUAGCGGGUGGCGUUAAAUUCUCAAAAAUUGACUUACGCCAAGCUUAUUUACAGUUAGAAAUACACCCGGAAAAUAGGAAGUUACUUACUUUAAAUACGCAUAGAGGACUUUACUUAGUUAAUAGACUGAUGUACGGUGUCGCAUCAGCUCCGGCAAUCUGGCAAAGAACAUUGGAGCAAAUAUUGCAGGAUAUUCCUGGAGUGGCAAUUUUUCUCGAUGAUAUAGUAAUUACAGGCCAUUCGGAGGAGGAUUACUUACAUAGAUUACAUAUGGUACUAGAGAGAUUGCAUAAGCAUAACGUGCGAAUCAACUUAGAGAAAUCAGAGUUUUUUACACAUGAAGUUAAAUACUGCGGUUACGUAUUACGAGAGGACGGUAUACAUAAAGAACCUUCUAAAAUGGAAGCAAUUAGGAGCAUGCCGCGCCCACAAAAUGUUUCUGGCGUCCGAGCUUUCAUCGGUAUGAUUAAUUAUUAUAGUAGAUUUAUUAAAAAUCUAAGUUCAAUCUUACGACCGUUAAAUAAGUUAUUACAUAAGAAUACUCGUUUCUCGUGGUCAGAAGAACAAGAAGUAGCUUUUAAAAAAGCCAAAGAGGCAUUUGUGAGCAAUCAAGUCUUGGUACAUUUUGACCCGAAAUUACCGGUGGUUCUCGCGACGGAUGCUAGUCCCCACGGAAUUGGGGCAGUACUUUCGCACACCUAUCCCGAUGGGUCGGAAAGGGUUAUACAAUAUGCGUCACAAACUUUAUCCGAUACGCAGCAAAGAUACGCACAGAUAGACAAAGAAGCAUAUAGUAUAAUAUUCGGUAUUAAGAAGUUCUAUCAAUAUCUGUAUGGGAAUAAGUUUACUCUAGUUACGGACCACAGACCAUUAGUACACAUUUUAUCUCCAAAUAAAAGUUUGCCGGUUUAUAGUGCAAUGAGAAUGCAGCAUUACGCCAUUUUCUUGCAGGGAUUCAAUUAUACUAUCAGGUAUAGAAAAUCGGAAAAUCAUGCGAAUGCCGAUUGCCUUUCGAGAUUACCGUUAAAAGAAUAUACAAAAAAUAUGGAUGUAAUAGAUGUUUUCGAAUUAAGUACACUAAAAACACUACCGGUGGAUGCAAAAUGCAUCGAGUUGCAUACACGAAAAGACACGGAGCUACAAAAACUCCUACAAGCGUUACAAUCAGGCACUCUGGCACAUAGCGCUGACAGAUUCAAUUUAGAGCAAACGGAAUUCUUAUUACAAGAAGGUGUAAUUUUUCGAGGACAUCGGGUCGUAAUACCGAAAUCUUUGCAUAAAAAAAUACUAGAAGAAUUACAUACGGGUCAUUUUGGAAUAAAUAAAAUGAAAGGUAUAGCUAGAAGUUAUUGUUGGUGGAAAGGAAUUGACAAUGAUAUAAAAGCUCUAGUGGAAAAUUGCCAAAAUUGUAAUACGUUCAAAAACAAUCCACAAAAAGUGGAACAACACAUUUGGGAGUUAUCAGCGGCACCCAUGCAUCGAGUCCAUGCGGACUUUGCAGGUCCUUUUUUAGGACGUUGGUUUUUCAUCGUAGUUGACUCAUAUUCAAAAUGGCCCGAAGUAAGAAUAGUAAAAAAUCUGAUGGCGAAAACAGUUAUAGAGGAAUGCAGGGAUAUAUUUACAAAAUACGGCAUCCCACAAAUUUUUGUAACCGAUAACGGUAGAACAUUCACAUCGACUGAGUUUUAA